ACUCACCAUCAGCAGCAUAUGCCCACCAAUGCCCUCCCCGUAGACGACGCUGGAUCACUACGCCAUGCAUACAUCCAGUCCCUUGCUUACUGCUUACAAGCAUGCCUCCUUCGCGGGGACCGGGAGAGGGCGAGAAGGGCUUGGGCAAUCCUGAUCAGAUGCAGGGAAGUCAACUGGCGGACGAAAUGGGAAUGGGGUCUGCUGUUUCUGUCGAGCCAGGAUACCGACGCGCCGGGUCUCGCGUCCCAGGCAGAUCAAGUGAGGCAUGUGGAGAGGUGGAUCAACACUUUGAGAGUCACUGUCCGGAACGAAGAGAAACCGUCACUGCUGCACGCCCUCAUCAUCUAUUAUAUAAAAGAAGGCCGGUAUCGUCAAGCUUUGGAGGAGCUCGAGACAUAUUUGCCCUCUUACCCCUAUCUUCUCUCUGCAUCUCUGCACACUUAUGCUGGGUUGCUCGCCUUCUACCUUGCCCAGCCGGCCUCGCACGUCCGACAACGUUCCCCGAGUCGAUCACAGCAACACUUGAUCGUACCCGGAGGAGAUGGGUCGCCCUCGCCUUCUUCUUCUCCAAGAUCUUCUCGGUCACCUUCGCCUCCACAUGCCCCCCUCGGAUGGGAUCAUGCAGACUUCUCACUCAUGGGCCGAGCGAAAGGUUGGUUCGCCAAGUCUCUAGAGAUUGAUGAGAAGGAGGAAGUUGCCAAAGAGUUUCUCAGAAUGGUAAGCGCAGUGGUCAUGCUACAGGAAUGUCAACUCAUGUGACCAGAUCGACCACCCUGCGGCGAAUGAUGGCCCGCAGUCAGACAGUGGCGAUGACAUGGGCUCUGAGCGAGACGAGAGCGAGGCAAGUGACGGGUCUCAGCGAUACGACUUGAACGAUGAGUAUGAAUUUUCAUGAUCCCAUUUGGCUGACUACUUUCUAAUUCGAUACGCCCAUACGCCUAGUCAUUCAGUACAGUCUAAUGAUACAUCUAACUUAGAUCAUGUUACCGCCCUCUCUUUCUGGUCUCCUCCCUUUGCUCUGCGAAGCUGCAAAACUCGGCGCCUCUGCUCUCGGGGUCAGAUCCUC